AUGGUCUGGGAGUCGGGUUACACGCCAGGCGGGCCUGACGGGCCAUCCCCGUCGGCCGCUCGGGCGCCCCUGCCGCCGGACGUGGAGAUCUCCACCCAGCCCGACCCUGCCGAAGAGGGCAGCCUCCGGACCAAUGUCUUCAUCCCCGCCUCAUGCUACACUCGGGCCGGCUAUCGGCCGCUCGGCUGCCAGUCGGAUGCCGGGUCGGCAGGCGACUCGCGCGCCUCCAGCGAUGAGGACCUGGAAAAGGUGCCGGAGGCCCGGGCAACCGAGUCGCGGCCGGGCCUCGACUUGCCACCGGACACCAAGCCCAUCUCCCCGGGGGGGAAGGCCCCCCGGCGUCGAGGCCGUCGGGGCCGAUCGCACACCCGGCGCCGGUCCCGGAGCCGGCUGGCUCGCAUGGCCCAGUCCCUGAAGACAUUGCUGCUCUGCGGCAUGGUGUACUCCGACUCCGAUGACGAGGGCGACGCCGGGGCCUGUGACAACAGUGGUGGCGGUGGUGGCUCGGGCCACGCGCAGCAGCCUCUGCUGGCCGCGGCCACGCCGCAGGUGGCCAUCGAUCCCCAACUGUACCGGGACACCCUGCAAAUUGUCAUGUCCCACCUGUCCGAGAUGAAUGAGUCCGGCGAUCCGCGCGGCAUGGACAGCAACAUGGACGACUUCGACUCGGACUCCGAUUCGGACUCCGAUGAUGAGGGGAUGGCCGCCGGGCGUGCGAUGCGCCGUGCGGGCGCCGGCUCGGAGGCAAACGCCGCCGGCGGCUUUUCCGCCUUCCACCCGGGCGGCUCGCCGCCGCCGAGUUACUCGGACGGCGCGCAAAGCGGCACCGAUGACGACCUGCCGGACACCGGCGAGGCGGGCAUCCUGCUGCGGCACCGGGCCGGCGCGGCCUCGAGCACCGGGCGCCCGGGGUCCGGCAGCCUGGGGCCCCUCCUGGCGGGCAACGGCGGCUCCCGGCAUCCCAACCACCACCACCACCACGACCACCACCAGUCGACAGGCCGACUGCCAUACCAACAACCCCAGCACGGCUCGGGGCCGCUGCACGGGCCCUUCUCCGACCGGCCGGCUGGGGCCCUUUUGCCGGUCGGCGGCCGGGGACGAGCACGCUCGCCUCAUGCGUCCGGGUCCCGGCGGCCCGGCAUGCCGGCCGGCCCGCAGCCCCCGCCAGCCGGUCCGUCAGCACCGCCCCCGGGCCAGCGUCUGGACUACUUCCGCCCGGCACCCGGCCAUCCGCAAUACCAAUCCGGGCAUGUGCCGUCGCCAUCGCAGCCGCAGCCACAGCCACAGCCGCACACCGGGUAUGCCCCGCUGCCGGGGCUGGUGCCCCCGCCCAGCAGCAACCCGGACCUGGUCCGGGCCCAGGUCAACUACCGGGGAUGGCACUUCACCAUCAAGAACAAAACCAACCAGCGGGUGGCCAUCCUCGUGUCGUACGAUCGCCACGAGCGCUACAUGACACAGAUGUCCAUACAGAUGAACAACCUCGGCAUGGCCUUGAGCUUCACCCGGAGCCUGCUGGGCUUGGGGCACCCGCAAACCGAGAUCGAGCUGAAUGGCAUCAAGCGCAAGACCCACAUCAAGGCCAUCACGCGCUUCGUCUAUGUGAGCGCCUUCUACGAGCGCUGGGCUCGGGCCAAGUGCCCGAUGGGCCCGGCCCCGCCGGCCGACUGCCCCACCACCUGGGACCCGGAGCAGGCCCCCAACGGCAUGUACAGCCCGCAGGACCCGCGCCUCUGGCGCCAUGGCUUGCCUCCGCUGACCAGCGAGCCGGGCCCCUCGCCGGUGACCCCGGGCCCGGCGCCCCUGCCGCCGAUGGUCCCCGGCCCGCCGGGGUACAUCGGCCCGCGCGAUGACCCGGCCCAGACCACCGCGCCGGAUGCCGGGGAAGCCCCCAGCGCGCGCCCGGGCCGCGACGAUGAGGAUGACGAUGAGAUCCCCCUCGGCGGUCUCCCCGGGACCGGGGAGCUGGUGCCGGCUCGGGCCCCGCGGCCACCGCGCGAGCGCGUUUGGCUCUUCCGCAACCGCAUCUGCCGGUACAACGGCCACAUCACCCUGCGCCUGCCGAUGUUCGACAACAUCCAACUGGUGGAACCCAUCCCGGAGGACGGCCCGAUCGGGGGCGGUGGCCUGCCCUUGCGUAGCCUGGCCACUGUGGCCACCGGCACCGGAGCCUACUCCCUCGGUGAGGCUGGCGGCAUGCUGGCCCUGGACCCCGGCCAGGAGCGCCAGCUGCAUCAUGCCCCUGAGCACGUUCCCCCGGGCCUGUGA